AUGCCGAUGGAAGCAAGUUCAGUUUUUUUUGUUGUUGUUGAAAAGUGCAGAGAAAGCGUAUGGUGUGGAAUCUUGUGGGAUUCCAUCUUCUUCUUCAUCGACAAGGAUUUGAUCAAAGGAGGUACAGUUGUGAAUGCACAUCAUCAACAACUUGCUGAUGUUUAUGUGGAAGAUGGUAUUAUUGUCUCUGUGCAGCCAAACAUUAAGGUUGGGGACGAAGUUACUGUACUUGAUGCCGCUGGAAAGCAGCAGCACUAG